AUGGUAGCCCCCAACGAACUACGUGGGCCUCCGCUUCCAGAUGCUGAUGCGUCCCUCCACACGGUCUUCUCUCAGAAUGUCGUGAACUACCCGGACACCGUGGCUCUGGUCAGUACCCAGCAAGCUCCUACUCUCUACGGAAUCCGGAGCCUGCCCAUCGGCAGCGCUGAGCGUGAAGCGGACUAUUUACGAUGGACCUACCGGGACCUCGAUCGUGCUGUGCAGCAAUUUGUCAUUGGUUUAAAAAGUCUGAACCUGAAAAGAGGAGAUCCAUUGGUGAUGUUUAUGCCAAAUACCGCCGAAUAUGUCAUUGCCACCUGGGCCGCCUACCAAAUCGGAUGUGCCUACGUUCCAAUCAACCCCAAGGGUCUGUUGAAUGCCAAAGAAAUGCGGCACAUGCUGCAGACUGCGACAAAAGGAUGCCAGUCAGGUUCUUUGGGCAUCAUCGCCGGAACAUCUGAUAUGUGUGCGCGCAUUGAAGAGUUGACAACCGAGUUCAAUUGCAUCCGGAUAUUGGUCGAAGGAGAGAUGGAUGGCUGGACACCUUUCAAAGAGUUGAUGGAGAUUCCGGCUCCAGAUUCCCAGCAAACCCUAUGCAGAGAGGACCACUCGGAAUCUUCUGAUCGAACAAUUUUCUUCACCAGUGGAACGACAUCUCUGCCCAAAGGUUGUGUCAUGCCAUCUGCGUAUGGCUUUGCGGCCGCAUUGCGCUGGCGCGAAAGUAGCACUCCUAUGCUGCCUGGGGAUCGAGUAUUAUUUACAUUGCCAAAUAACCAUGGGUUUGGUUGGCUUUGUAUUAUCGCUCCCUUCCUCAACGCAGCCACCGUUGUGCUCCCGGGACCAAGCUUUGUCCCGGAGGCUGUGAUUAAGGCCAUCCAUGAGGAGCAAGUGAGCCACACUGGAUUUGUGCCGACUAUGAUUCAUGCUCUGAGCAGUAUGCCGCUUCCAUCUGGGAAGCUGAGUUCUCUUGGCCGGAUUGUGCUAGGAGGUUCUCCCCCAACCGAGGAAAUUAUCAGGAUCUGCCUUGACUGUCUAGGUUCAUCGGGGGUGGAAAAUCUCUACGGUAUGACAGAGGGCAUCCUUGUCUCUUCUGGUGUGGUGACCCAAGCCAGCGAGAUGAUCAAGGACAGAGAUGUUUCUAUCGGCACACCACUUCCUGGAAUGACUGUCCGUAUAUACACCAAAGACAGCAGAGUGGCAACUCGGACUGGAGAACCCGGCGAGAUACAUUUCUCAGGUGCAAGUCUGAUCAAUGGAUAUAUCGGAGGAGCCGAUAAAAACUUUUACAACGACGAGGAUGGCCGCCCUUGGUUCUGCACUGGUGAUAAAGCCUUCAUUGGUAGCGACGAUCGUCUUUACCUGAUUGGUCGGUACAAAGACACGAUCAUCCGCGGAGGCGAGAACAUUGAACCAUCAGCCAUUGAAGCGGUUCUAGGUCAAAUCCCCGCAAUCAAUGUUCUCCAACCUCAGAUCAUUCGCGCACCCGACCACUUUGCUGGCGAGGUCCCCGUUCUGGUGGUGGACCGGGAAGUCGACAGCAAUACAGUGAAUGCAAUCAAAGACACCAUCUUAGCGCAAAUGGGAAAUCUUUAUGUUCCGGCGGAUGUGAUCCCCAUACAGGCGCUGGGACAACAGACAUACCCCAGGACCAUGGCAGGGAAGGUCCAAAAGACUCAACUAGAAAUUUUGGUCAGAACAUACUGCGAGCGCCAGCAAUCACAAGAGCAAACGGGCUCAAAUGGCGGCAACAUUAUCGAUGGCCCAAUUUCAGGCUCUCAUGUCAUGCAAUCGUUAUGCACGGCCAUCGAAAAGAAAAUGGGUCAGCCGAUUGACUUCUCUCUUCGGAUGAUUGAGCUAGGAGUCGAUUCGAUUUCGUCGAUCGCAAUUCUCAACCACGUCAAAAAAGAAACACAAGUAUCAUUGCCGUCAUCUCUGUUCUUCACCCAGGCAACAACUUUCUCAAUUUCACACCUGCCAUGGAAGAAGCCCCUAGCAAUCUAUGCUUUUCAAUCCUGCUCCAGGGGACCCCAAAGGCAGGCGUUGCCUCCCUCUUCCUCACCCCCUCCCGGCUCUGGAAAUGCAUUCGUGUACAAGAUGUUGCCCAAAUUCGCCAAUGAUCGUGCAGUUUACAGUUUUGGCUCUCCAUUCCUCAUGACCAAAUCAGAAUCUUCCUGGACGAUAGAAGAAACCGCCGCCAUCUACGCAAACACCAUUCGCAGCAUUGAUCCUGUAGGGCCAUACAUACUAUGUGGCUGGUCAAUGGGAACUGCCACUGCAUACGAAACCGCAUACCGACUCCACGAACAGGGAAAGCAAGUGCUAGGGAUAAUCAUGCUCGACUUGGCAUUGCCUCGGCCACCACCCAAGAUCGCGGAGGCAACCGUCGAGUUGUUUGAAAUGAUGGGUGUAUUCCCCCCGAUCCGUCGCAAGGGCCAACCUGACGUGGAGAUUCCCGCUUUUAGGAAGAAGCAUCGAGUCGCAGCUUACUACGCAAAAAUGAAAUAUAAGCCUCGUCCCUUUGACAUUGCGGGCGAUGAAAGCCGACCGCGGAUAUUUGUCAUCUGGGCUGGGCAUGGCGAUCAUGACAGGAUGGGAGGCAUGGUUCUCGAUGCAAUGGAGGUUCUGAAGAGAGAAGGACCGGAGACAACCAUGAAGACUAGCAGUGACUGGCUUAACGUCCCGCGUGAAUCUUUUGAUGCUGGUGGCUGGGAUGAAAUGGUUGGACCGGACUAUGUCGAGUGGGACAUUGUAGAAGACGCGGACCAUGACACGCUUAUAGAGUCUGAAGAACUGGUGGUUUUGACCAAGGGCUUGAUGGAGGAGACCAUGGACAAAUGGCAGCGAGAAGCGGCGGUUAGGCCCAAUGGUUCAGGUUGA